AUGUUCAACUCGCCGAUGCUGCUGGACUUUAACAGCUCCAACCAAAAGAGAUCCAAAAUCACAAAGGCAUGCGACAACUGCAGGCGGCGCAGAGUAAAGUGCGACGGUGUCCCCGACGGCUGUGGGGGAUGCAAGGCUGCCAAGACCCAGUGUGUCUACACAACCUCCAACACCAAGCGUGGUCCCCCCAAGGGCUAUGUCGAGGUCAUUGAGGACCGUCUCGGCAAAAUCGAAAACAUGCUCACCUCUAUCGUUCGAAAGAAAAAAGUUAUCAACAGCACAGCAGCACAAUCCUCCUCUUCAGACACAAAGGCACACCGUUCCACCACCUCUUCCUCUGCAACUCCUCGCCCCGACUCUCACCUCCACAACGACAACGACGACGACAACGAUAACAAUAAUAACGAUGACGACGAAGACGUCGACGACGACGACCAUGCUUCGACCUACUCUAGCGACCUCGUUCCCGUCAAGCAACAGCCCCCAGCAUCACCCGCCCUUCAUCCUCUCAACCCAGCCCGCUCCUGCACGCCCACCUCCCGCAACAUCCGGGCUGGUUCUGUCGUCUCACCAUUGGGCCGUCACUCGCCUCUGAUCUCUCGCAACAGGUCUCUUACCUCUCUCUUACCCUUCUCCCACGAGCCCCAACAUCUUCAUAACCAUGAUUCACCGGCUGCGGUGACCCAGGCCGACCUCGCUGCCCUGACCAGCAUGUUUGACAAGUUGGGAUCGACCUCUGUCCACACCACCGUCCCCUUCCCCUGGUUGACUCCAGAACAAUCCCGCCAAUACGGCCGCAACCACCUCCAGUUCUCCCUUCAAAGUCUCGAGCCUCCACUCCCCCCACUUGCCCGCACCUUCCCUCCCAACAUCACUCCCGACCAGGCCCUUGACCUCCUCAACUCCUUCUUUGACCGCUUCAAUACCUUCCUCCCCAUCAUCCACCGCGCUACCUUCAUGAAGCAAUGGCAACAGCAACACUGCCGUAUCUGCCUCCAGAUCGCUUCGCCCCAAUCAGCUGGCACUCCCCCUCAAUCCAAGACCUCACAGGCUCAGGAGGCCGAGGCACACAGGCAACACACACAGGACCCAGCUGGACCUCUGUCACCGCUACUCAUCAAUGCCCUUCUCGCUGUUGCAGCCAAGGUGCCUUCGACUAAUUCCAAGAUGACAACCGAGGAUCGCCAACGGGCAGGCAACCUGAGCCAGGGCUGCUUCGAUGCUGCACGUCUGUUGUUGGAUGACUUUAUGGAUGUGCCCCGCGUGAGCACUGUCCAGGCGUUGUGUUUGAUGUCUCAGUUCCACCACCAGGGCGAGUGGAAGGCCACGCGGAGCAGCGGAUACUUGUCGAUGGCCAUCCGGAUGGCACACGAGCUGGGUCUGCACCGUGAUCCCGAGAGCAUUGUCCAAGGACCAGAGGCAGACGGGCUCCGCUGCCUGUGGUGGUCUAUGUUUAUCCUUGAUCACCAAUUCUCUGCAUGGCUCGGCCUUGGCCUCAUGAUGCAUGGCAAGGAAAGCAACGUCGAGUUGCCCAUCGAUACUGUCUCAUCCCACCAGGAUCUCCGGGGCUUUGUCUCCACUGUCCGCCUCGUCAAGAUUCUGGGUAGCGUGCUUCAGCAUUCGUACUCGACCCAGUCCUUGCCUCCCCAGUUUGGCGGCCACGACUCGAUGGUUUCUUACAUUGAAGGUUCUUUGACCUCAUGGCUCAGCAACUUGGCACCCGAGAUGCGUUGGCAAAACCCCAACAGCGCUAAGCGAGGCUCACCUGCCUUGGCCAUGCGCUCGCCUCCCUCGAUUCAGUCUACUCUUGCUGAGGCCAGACGUGCGGCCGCCCUUGCCAAAGAGGCCGGCGAGAUUUACCCUGCCUACCUCUACAUUGUCUACAACACGACCAUGAUCCUCCUUCAUCGCCCUUACAUUGUCGGAGCCGCCGGUUCACCGGCAGCUGCUCAGUCGAAUACCAUCUGCACUGGAUCAGGACGUGCUAUUACAGAUAUUGCACAGGGUUUGGAUAUGGAGCAGUGCUCCUAUGUCGUCAACCGCUUCGCACUCUAUGCGCUCUUGCAGGCUGGUGUCAUCCACGCCAUGAACGCCGUAUAUGAUAAGCGCGGCUCUCAGGUCGCCAUGGAUUACUACAGACGCACCCUCAGCAUCCUCGAGUCCUUCUUCAACUGCUCCUCCUACUCUGGUGGUGUUUCUGAAGGCAUCAAGAUUUUGGAGCAGUUCUUGGCUUCGACAUCGCAGGCUGCAGCGGAUGAAGAGAACAACCGACAGGAGAUGGAUGCACAGAUGGGCCAGCAACAACACCAGGAGUUUGCCGAACCCAGCCGUAAGAAGCGCCCCAUGGAGUCUUCGCACUCCCAGGCAGCACCUCAGCCUCUUGCACAGGCUGUUCAGUAUGCACCCAUGACAGCCUCGCCCUUGUCGACCCUCCAGACUCCCCCUGCCAUCAUCACACAGACGACUCUUUCGAUCAUGAACGGAUCUGUCAACACCCCUUACCAGCAGUACAACUACAUUCCAGCAGCAGCAGUUCAACAACAACAGCAGCAGCAGCCCAUGGCUGUGGAUUUGAGGGAGCAGCAGAAGCAGCAGCAGCUCAAGAUCCAGCAGCAGCAUCGCCUCUACCAGCAGAUGCAGUCCUUUGGCGCCAGCUCGAUCUCCAAGACUGGAGAGACCAAGGCCGAGUCGUUGCUUGAACAGCAGCAACAGCAGCAGCAGCAGUUGUUGAGACAGCAGCUUCAGCGCCAGCAGCAGCGUCAGCAGUUGGAUAUGGAGAUGAAGGAGCAGGAUGCCAAUGUUGCCAUGCACCAACAGCAGCAGCAACAGCCCGUUCUCAGCAGCAUGGGAGCUCCCGUUAUUCCCAGCCAUCGCUAUGCUAUGCAAAUCCUUCAACAGCAACAGCAGCAACAAAACCAGAACCAGCAGCAGCACAACCAGCAACAGCAGCAAGUCCAUAUGCCCAUGACGAUGGGUGGUCAUGACCAGUUUAACAUGGGAACCGCUUCGGGUACAACUGGUGGCUUGUUGACCGAUGCAUUCGAGUAUGACCCCACCAAGUUGUGGAUGGACUUCUCGGAUACCUCUGCCACCACUGGUGUAGGCACUGCUACGGAGACCUUGAACCCUGCACACUUGCAGCAGGGACCAUUGGGUGUCUCUGUUGGUGGUAAGGUCGAUUCUGACAAGCAGUUCGGUGGAUCCCUCUGGAUGUAA